CACGCGCGCCAAAUGCGGAACCUCAGGCCAUUGGAGAAUGUGCACGGAGGUUUCAGCUAAAACAGGCUGUUAAGGGUGAGCUGUAAUUGUAGACAGUGAAGGUGUAAAGGACAAAAAUGAAGAGCAGCCAUGAGUUUUAUCUUGUCUACACCUUGUCUCUCCUCUUUGGUCUAACUUGUAUAAUAAUUGUGACUACUUGGAGUAAGGGCUACAGGGGAGGCUUUGCCUGGGAUGGCUCGGCGAAGAUGUUUAAUUGGCAUCCUGUCUGCAUGGUGACUGGGCUUGUUGUCCUUUAUGGAAAUGCUACUCUGGUAUACAGAUUUCCUUUCACCUGGUCCAGCAGCAAGUUCAUCCUAAAAUUAGUUCAUGCUACGUUGAACCUUGGUGCAUUGUCUCUUGCCAUUAUUGGAUUAGUGGCGGCAUUUGGGUUUCACAAUAAGAUGCACAUUCCCAACUUGUAUUCCUUACAUAGCUGGGUAGGAUUUGCAGCUAUCAUUCUUUUUGGCUGUCAGUGGUUGCUGGGAUUCCUGGCCUUUUUACUGCCCUGCACACCCCUCUGGCUUCGAGCUGCUUACAAAGAUCUGCAUGCCUUCUUUGGACUUGGUAUCUUAGUAAUGGCCAUUGCUGCUUCUGUGUCAGGAAUUAAUGAAAAGUUAAUAUUUGUGCUCAAUGUUCCAAACUCAACUGGUCCCUACAAGAAUCUUCCACCUGAGGCAUGUCUGGCCAAUGUUUUGGGAUUGAUGCUGUUUUGUUUCUCGUUGACAAUAGCCCAGAUGCUCCUUAAGCACAAAUGGCAGCGUCCAAAUGCAUGUGGAACUGUAAUCAGUGAUGCAACAGAGCCACUUCUGACUGAAAACUAAAUGAAGAAUAGCUGAAGCUUUUUGGAUGCAGUUGAAGCCAGCUGAGAUCUGGAUAGUGUUACUGUUCUGUGUGGAAUUAGUGACUCAUCAAUAAUGGUCUUAUCCCUCCAUCAAUGAGUUCAAGUAACCUUAGCAUUAUUUUGUCAAGUCUGAAAGCAGAUAGGAUCUAAACUGAAUUAUGAUUUUUUUUUUGUAAAAGUUAGAAUGGACCUUCUUUUUGUAUCUGCUUUACGCUUUUGCGAUUUCAACCAGUCUGUUCACAGGAUGACAUGCAAAAGUAACCAACUUUAAUUAAACAUUAUGUCGCACUUUACAUUAGAAGCCAGCAACUCCACUAGCAUGAUUAGUACAAUUAGGAAACUUCAACCCAUUUUGAAUACUUUGCAAGAAGGGGGAGAAGGAGUUCUAACUUUAAAUUUGACUAGUCAUCAUUUGAAGCAGAUUUCUAUAUUGCUUUCCAAAUGGAGAAUGUGCUUCCAUUUUAUUUUGUGGAAUAUUGACAUGCACUUGCUUCAGAGUGAUGCCUCUUUCUUAAGGAACGAGAAACUGAUUCAUUGUGUAGGGUGUAACUGCAAAAAGAAAUGCACCUUGUCACAUGCUUGGACUUGGAUUGUAACCCUCCGCUUUUAAGUUCAGCUUGGAUAUGACUACAGUCCAAAAAUGUUUGCACAAGAUUGGCACUUGAGACAUAAUGAUACUGAUUUCUGCCAGCAGUUUAAUUGUUAUUUUUACUACAGCCGCAGAAGCUUUAUUAUAUAUGUGCACUUGACGACAAUUUUUUUUUCCCUGUCAACAACGUAUUAACUUUAAAACAUAGUGUACCUGGAAUGCAUGGCUUUUGAGAAGAGAGAAAAUGAACUAAAUUAACUUUUAUACUUUUAAAAUAAUCACUAAAGCUGGAAUUAAAUACAUUUAAGAAUUCUUAAUGUCUUUGUCAUUCAUAUAUACUGUUGACCUUCAAUAAAUGUAGAUUUGGUUGAA